AUGCACAACAACAGCACAUCAAAGCAGCACCACCGCCAACAAGACCCACCCCCCUCAACAACCGGCCCCUACACCCCCUCCCCAACAACCACCUCCGACCUCCUAAUCUCCCACACAACCCUCAUCCUCCACAACCUCAAUACCCGACACUACACCCCCCAAACCUACACCGCCCUCCUCUCGCCCCACCUACGCAUUGACUGCAACAGUCAAAUCUCCACCGGCAUCCCGCACGCCAUCGCCGCCUACAAAUGGGUCGCGGACAUCAACCCGCGCUUCCACGUCGCCGUCAUCGAAGCGACGCCGAUCGUGCACGAGGAGAGCGGACGCGCGACGGUGUUGUGUGGGUUGAGUUUGACGAAUUGUAGUGAUGGGACGGUGAGGGCGGGGAGUUUGUCUACGAGCUGGAGCAGGGAGAAAGGGGUUGGGUGGAGGUGUUGGAAUUUUGAGAUCUUUUUUGGGAUUAGGGAGUUUUUUUGA